CAAGAUGGCGGCGCAACAGCAGGACCGUGAGGGUGGUGCGCAGCUGGCUGGGCCCGCUGCGGAGGCCGACCCCCUGGGCCGCUUCACGUGUCCUGUGUGCUUAGAAGUGUACGAGAAGCCGGUGCAGGUGCCCUGUGGUCACGUCUUUUGCUCUGCAUGCCUGCAGGAAUGUCUGAAGCCGAAGAAGCCUGUCUGUGGGGUGUGUUGCAGCGCUCUGGCACCUGGCGUCCGAGCCGCGGAGCUCGAGCAGCAGAUCGAGAGCACAGAGACUUCUUGCCAUGGCUGCCGUAAAAAUUUCUUCCUAUCCAAGAUCUGGGCCCACGUGGCUACCUGUUCCAAAUACCAGAAUUACAUCAUGGAAGGUGUGAAGGCCACCACCAAGGAUGCCUCCCUUCAACCAAGGAACGUCCCAAGUUACACCUUCCCUUGCCCGUACUGUCCUGAGAAGAACUUUGAUCAGGAAGGGCUAGUGGAACACUGCAAGCUGUCCCAUAGCACGGACACCAAAUCUGUGGUUUGUCCGAUAUGUGCCUCGAUGCCUUGGGGAGACCCCAACUACCGCAGCGCCAACUUCAUAGAGCACGUCCAGCGCCGGCACCAGUUUUCUUACGACACUUUUGUGGAUUACGAUGUUGAUGAAGAGGACAUGAUGAAUCAGGUGUUGCAGCGCUCCAUCAUCGAUCAGUGAGCGGUGUCUACUGUCCAGCUCGUGCUCCAGAGCGUCCGUUGUGUGUUGGGCGUGAAACCUGUGACUCCUACACCUUCAAUGUACAACAGACCUGGAAGUGAGCUGUGGUCACUUCUGACAGGGAAAAAGGUCCCCAGGUCAGAGCCGUCCCUUCCUUUGGGGUCUCCCCUACUGUUAACUCUGUCAUGUGUCUGGUCUCUGAUUGCCCUCAGCUGCUCCCUGGAGUUUCUGCUUCCCCUUCUGGAAGAGAAUCCAGGUUCUCCACCUACCCUUGUUUCACUCUCGUUCCUCCCCUUUAGUGUGCAUCUCUCAGGUCCUCUGAGCCAGCCAGGACC